GUCUUCUGCUAACAGCUGAGAGGGAAUGUUGAAAUGAGAAGGGCAAAAACUACAGUUUUUCUCAAUCUAAAUUUUCUUUUAAGAAUUAAAAAUUAAGGAGUAAUAUUCGGUGCACACCACAGGUUUAGAUUUAACUCAUACUGUUACAAUACUUUUCUAGACCGAAAUGGAGACUUGGAUGAAAAUAUCAUCUUUACUCUGCAUUUUUGGAUUUCUAAAAGAGUUCAGGCCAUCAGAACCAUACAUCACUCCUUAUCUAAUGAGUUCAAGAUUGAACUUUACCGAAGAACAGAUAUCACAAGACAUAUAUCCGAUAGCCACGUAUGCCAACAUGCUGAGUCUCAUAGUGGUGUUUCUAGUCACAGACUUCCUGCGUUACAAACCCAUCAUCAUCGCAGAUGCAGUCAGUGGAGUCUGUGUGUAUGCUGGACUCAUACUAUUCAACACACUAUUUGCUGUUCAGGUGGUGGAGGUGAUGUAUGGACUGUUUAUGGCAGGCGAGGUGGCCUACUACACGUACAUCUACGCCAAGGUAGACACAGAACACUUCCAAGAGGUGACCAGUCACACCCGCAGCGCCUACCUGGCCGGCCGAGCUCUCUCUGGCAUUGUGUCUCAGAUCAUUGUCUACUUCAACCUGUUCUCCUACUAUCAACUGCAGUUCCUCACAUUGUCUGGUUUGCUAGCAGCAACUGCUUGGUCUGUGCUGCUGCCUUCUGUGGACAAGAGCAUGUACUUCCACCAGACCAGAGACACAAUGCAGAGUGAGGCAGACCUACACAGCAUUCCAGGCAGUCCAACCGAUCCUUGCUGUAAAGACGUGGUUAGACACGUGUGGUCAGACAUGAGGGCUGCCUUCACCUCCGUGUAUGUAGUCAAGUGGGGUCUGUGGUGGGCCCUCAGCACCUGCUGCUACUGGCAAGUACUUUACUACAUCCAGCUGCUGUGGCAGAUGAUUCGCAAGGACAUUGGAGAUGAAGAGCCACCCUACUACGGCAUUGUGGAGGCAGCUUAUACAUUGAUAGGAGCCAUGGCCUCCCUGACUAUCGGCCGUGUGAAGGUGGACUGGGCCAGACUAGGAGAGCCAGUAUUGGCUGUUUGUGCUGUUCUGGUGGCGAUCGUGCUGUGGAUUAUGAGCGGCACACGGUCCAUGCUGCUCGCUUACCUUACCUACAUAUUCUUCACUGUUGUCUACCAUACAAUGAUUACUGUGGCCAAUUCGGAGGUUGCUAAGCACAUUAACAGAGACAGUUACGGUCUGAUAUUCGGCAGCACUACGUUCAUUGCUCUACUCCUACAGACUUGCCUCACUUACAUCGUCAACAAAGUCUUCAGACUGUCCCCCAGACAGCAGUUUGUGGUGUACGCUGGCUACUUCGCUGUUCUUGGCCUCUGUUUUAUCUUGGUCUCCCUCUCGAGAAUUUGCAGAAGCUCUGUGGGGAGGUGACAAAACAUUUCUUUUUAACUUAAGGUAUAUCAUCAGCAGAUGACGUCUUGGCUCACCAAGAAAGUAGUUAUUCUUAACACUAGACUGAUAGAAUGUAUAGGGAGGUUGUAUACGUAGUAAAGGUCAAUGCGUAACAAAGAGAAACUUAAUUACAAAAACAGCUGGUUUAUUGCUGAUUUGUGUUUUCCUUGUUUCGCAUAACCUACAACAGGUACUAUUGUACCUUAAGUUUAGUCCAGUCAGUUGUAUCUAUAAGUUAAGUUGGUUGUUUUGAUAAUAACAAUUGGUUGGUAGUUUUAUAUAUAGUUAGGACACAUCUGGUUUUACCUUGAAGGUGGAUCAGGUCUUUAGAAAAUAUUUGUUUUAUUGUUUUGUUUUACACGUUUUAUCUUGGCCAGCUAUAUUUUUAAAUGUUUCUUACCAUCAGUAUUUUAUGGUUGAACCCUUUUAUGUUUAAUAUAUUGUUGAGUAUGAUAAGCUUGUUUUUGUUAUUUAUAUUAAGUAGCAUGUAAAUGACCCAAAUACUGACAUCAACGUAGUUAAAGUUAAUUGGCUGUACAGUGUAGAAGUGAAUGCAAUAACAUUUUUAAAUCACUUAAGGCGCCUACAGUUUAUUUAUUUACUCAUGUAAAAUGCCUAAAAUUAAUCUGCUUGUGUGUUCAGUACACUGGCAUUAUUAUUAGAAUGAUUAGUAAAGGAGCCUGAUUGGUAGCCAAUUGGUACGAAACUGUUUUGUAGACCGAAUGUUAUGUAACUCAGAGGCCACAAGUCCAAAAACAAAAACACAUUUCUAUGUCAAAGCAUUGGCUACGCUCAUGGGGGUCCUUCUAAAUUUCCCAUAAGGGGGGUCUGAGGGUUACAGAAUAACUCCCAGUAAAGAGAGGGUCCCAGGGGCCUCCCCUGGAAAAUAGUUAAAAUUCAUAAUGGAAAAUAGGUUCAAAAUAUUCGAUUUCACACAUUUCUUACUUAAACUCCUCGGUCGUAUGCAUGAAUUACAAACUAAAAAGAUGGUUAAUGUGGAGUCUUAUAGGGGAAGUGUAACUCGAGCCCCCCACUCUAGCCCAUAUUAGUAGACACACAUUGCUAUGCUGGACAGGAAAGGAAACGGACAGGACAAAAAAAUGAAACUGCCAUGCCAGGUUCUUAUUGAAAUUAUUGUAGUAUGCACAGACAAUCAGCUGAACAAACCUGACCUCCCGUCUGUGCUCUUUCCUUUCCUUCUUAGUGUAGCCCAAACGCCUCCAACCAAAAGGUAGGCAGAAAACGAUAAGACACGCAAAAGGUAACGCCACAAAAAAAAUUUCAAUUGAUUGGUCUUUUGAGGAUUCACCUGGUUCUGGGAUUUUUGUUGUGCAGCUUCCAUUAGAUAACACAGUGAGCUUGUACCAAAAACUUUCCUUUGUUAUCUAGUGUGGCGCAUGGUUGGUAUUUGGUACAAUUGAGUUGUACAUAAUUAUUUAGGUCUUCAUUUAACUAUUUAGACCUGAAGAGUUCAAUUUCCAAAAUACUCACACUAGUAUAAUAAUAAUUUUUAAUUAACUAAACCAACACAUGAUGUGAGUGGGGUUUCCAGGCAGACUGUUAAUUUGCUAUGUGAGGCAUAUGGGUCAACAUAAAGUAUUCUACAUUCAAGCUUUUGGUUUAUUAGGUCGGCUUACACAACAGAACAUGAAACAUUAAGUUUACAUUAAAAUAAUUACCAUUCAAGUGAGAAAUUGUGAAAACAUUCAAUGGUGAUUGCACUUAAGAUUUGUAUUUAGUAGAAUUAUGUUUUAAUGCUUCAUAUUUUUACUGUGACUUUUAGAUUAAAAUAAGGCCUUGUAGGGACCAACAUCAGAUCUAUUGAAGUCAUGAAUAUCUAUGCAUUUAAAAAAACUGACAGCUAUAUACACUAACUGAACUUAAUAUAACUACUGAAGACUGUGAAUGACAAAUGCUGUAGCUGUACCCUGGUUAAAAACCAAGAAUCUAUAUAAUUAAUACGCUACAUGAAACUUUGUCAGUUGAACUUCUCCGCCCUUUCUUAACCGAUUUUAUCCAUUGACGUCUCAUUGCAAAGAGCGUGUCGCGUAGAUUUGCAAACUGACCUUACAUUUUUGAAAAAGUCCCUUGGGCUCUUCCCCAGUGGCUAUUAAAGUUCCCAUGUUAUCCUUAUGAAGAACAUAUUUGUUUACAUUUUG